AUGGCGACCUCGUCGCUUUGUUCUGGUGGUCGUGGUGGUGGUUUUUUUUGUCGUCGCGCGACGACGACGACGUUCACGAGAGCGAAAGGAUUGCGAAGGAGAGAUGUGGAUGCGAUGGCAUCAUCGACAUCAUCAUCAUCAUCGGAAGAAGAAGACAACAAGAACAACAACAGUAAAGCAAUAAAAAAAGAAACAACGACAGAAACAGAAACGAUUUUUUUCACGGUGGAAGUUGAAACGAUCGUCGCUCGCAGAGCCAUUCAGUGGGAUUCGCUCGCGAUUGGAGACGAAAAUCGAGCGAUUUUCGUCUCCGGGGUUGCGUUUGACUCGGAAGCGGAAAGAAAAGGGAUUAAACCCGGGAUGCGAUUGGUGGCGAUUACCGACCCGGUGGAUAAAGCAGAGAUGUGGCAGAUACCGAAGAACGUGACUUUUGUUCGAGCGAUGGAUGCGAUUCGAUCGACGAGAGCGUACGAUAUUCAGUUGACGUUUGAGAAGGAGGCGUCGAUUACGAGGGAGAUGGUUGAAUACGCGAAAGCGUUGCGAGCGGGAGACGAAGAGGAGGAGGAGAGGAAACAAAUUGAGGAAGAUGAGAUCAGACGCGCGAUGAUGACUUCGUCGUCGUCGUCGUCGUCUCCUUCGUCGUCGUCAUCGGUAGCCCCUCCCUCGACAAAACCGCCUUCAAAAGCGAGAAUACCUCGCCCUUCGCAAGGCGAGAAAGAGCGCCCCGAUUUGUAUUCGGACAAGUGGCAAGGCGACGAAUACGUCGGCACUGGGCCGUGGAACGAAUUAACCGUAGGGUUAGCCAUUGCCGUCGCCGUGCCUUUACUCAUCACAAUCGUAGCCGCGGCGACCAACGGCGUUUUAUGGAACGUUCCAGAUAGCGUCAAUCGCUACCGAUGA